AUGGUAGUCCGACUGAUGAAUUCCCCCCUUAGGCGUGGUCUUAGGCAAGGAGACCCGUUGUCUCCUUUUCUAUUUCUCUUGGCUGCUGAGGGUCUUAAUGUGUUAAUGGAGGCUAUGGUAGCGCGUAAUUUGUUUACAGGGUAUAGCAUUGGUGAGCAGGGUAUGGUUUCGGUAUCGCAUCUUCAGUUUGCGGAUGACACUCUUCUGCUAGGGGUUAAAAGUUGGGCAAAUGUUCGGGCAUUGCGAGCUGUUCUUGUGCUUUUUGAGACUAUGUCGGGGCUGAAAGUCAAUUUUAGUAAAAGCAUGUUGGUUGGGGUUAAUAUUUCAGAUUCUUGGUUGGGCGAAGCUGCGUCUGUUCUGCGCUGUAAGGUGGGAAAGAUCCCUUUCCUCUAUUUGGGUCUUCAGAUCGGGGGUGAUCCGAGGCGUCUGAGUUUUUGGGACCCGGUGAUGCAUCGAAUAAAGAAUAGAUUAUCUGGGUGGAAGAGCCGUUUCUUGUCUUUUGGUGGUCGUUUGGUUCUGUUGAGAUCUGUUUUGACCUCUCUACCUGUCUAUGCUCUUUCCUUCUUCAAAGCUCCUUCAGCUGAGAUGGGUGCUUUAGGGUGGGGCGCAGAUGGUGGAGCGUGGGUGUGGCGGAGGCAGUUGAGGGCGUGGGAGGAUGAGAUGUUGGGGGAGUGUCAGACUUUACUUUCUAACAUUUCCUUGCAGGCUAUUUCUUUGGACAGGUGGCAGUGGCAGCCUGAUCCUGACACAGGCUAUACUGUUAGGGGGGCUUAUCAGCUCCUGAUAUCUCAUGAUUUGGUUACUAUGGAUGCUGCGGAUAAUCUCAUUUGGCACCCUCAGGUUCCUUUGAAGGUUUCCAUUCUUGCGUGGCGUUUAUUGCGUGACAGAUUGCCUACGAGAGUGAAUCUGGUUACUCGUCGGGUUUUAUCUCCUACAGCUCAUACGUGUGUUUUUGGGUGUGGUGAGGCUGAGUCGGCUCAUCAUUUAUUCAUAUCUUGUGAUUAUGUCGGCUCUCUUUGGGAUUUAGUGCGGUCAUGGAUUGACAUUCCUUUGGUGGAUUUUGUUUCUCUGCGCGAUCACUUUAUUCAGUUCACAUCAUCAGCAGGUGGAUCUCGAGCGCGCCGUUCUUUCCUUCAGCUCAUCUGGCUUGCUUGCGUUUGGGUCGUAUGGACGGAGAGAAAUCAUCGUCUGUUUAGAGGAUUAGUAGAUUUACCACAGGGAGACUGA